UAAUAUGUCUGAAUUCAUUGCAAGAUAUUUUAAGCAUUUUAAUGAUUAUAUGAACAGUACAUGUACAUAUUACAAAUCUGAUACUAGUAAAUUAUUUAUAAAGGAAAGAGAAAAGAAAACAGGAGAGAGUAGACUUCUCAACAAACGUGUAUGAGAGAGUAGACUUCUCAACAAACGUGUAUCCUGUUUUAAAAUUAAGAUAUACAAAUCUACUGUAUUGUUUUUUUCUUGGGUCAUGGAAUCGGCAGCAACAAUGAGAUUGGCUCAUGGCUUUGUUCUUUGUUUGGUCAUUUUAGCGGUGAAUAUUAGCUAUGCUCAAGACUUACUAAAGGUUCAAAAACCAAGAUUGAUGAAUUGCAGAUUUGAUAAAAUAUAUCAAUUUGGUGAUUCACUUUCCGAUUCCGGUAAUUGCGUCAGAGAGAGCCUUUGUGCGUCUCAUUUAAGGUGUAAAACACUUCCUUAUGGAAUGAACUUUUUUCGGAAAGCAACUGGUCGUUGUUCUAAUGGCAUGCUCAUCAUUGAUUUCAUAGCUGUGGAAUCUGGUCUUCCUCUACUUAACCCGUACAAGGAUCGAAAUGCAAAUUUUGGACAUGGGGUGAAUUUUGCAGUAGCAGGGGCUACUGCUUUAUCAGCAGAAUUCCUGGCAGAGAGGAACAUUGUUAAUAUAGCAUAUACCAAUAGUUCAUUGAGUGUGCAACUUGAUUGGAUGGACUCUUAUUUCCAGACCACCUGCUCCCCUGAUUGCCGAGAAAAAUUGGACAAGUCACUUUUCCUAGUCGGGGAAAUCGGAGGAAAUGAAUUCUUUUAUGGCUUAUCGCAAGGUAAAACCAUGGAGGAAUCGCGAAGAAUGGUGCCAGAAGUUGUUCAGACCAUUGUUGAUGGUGUUAGAAGGGUCAUCGGUUUUGGGGCUACUCGGAUUAUAGUUCCAGGCAACUUCCCAAUAGGUUGUCACCCAAUUUUCCUGACGGAAUUCAUGACCAACGACUCAACUGCCUAUGAUGAGUACCAUUGCUUGAAAGACUUAAAUAAUUUUGCAAUAUUCUACAACCAUCAUUUGCAACAAGCCAUUCAUGAGCUGAAGAAAGAUUACCCAUACAUUACACUGAUUUAUGGUGAUUACUACAACGCCUUUCUGUGGCUUCUACGAAAUGCUGUCAGUCUCGGAUUCGACAACAACUCUCUUCAGAAAGCAUGUUGUGGAACAGGAGGAGAAUACAAUUAUGACCUACAUAGAAGAUGUGGUGUUCAGGGAGUUCCAGUGUGUGUUGACCCGAGUAGCCACAUAAGUUGGGAUGGAGUUCAUUUGACACAAAAUGCAUACAGUUGGUUAGCAAGAUGGCUAGUUGAUGAUAUGUUUCCCAAAUUAAACUGCCAAGUUUAAGUUCCCACUCUUUAAGUGAUGGUUGGCAUGAAUCUGAAUGCACACUCAAAAUGAACACUCCUUCAUUCUCUACAGAGCAGUGUGUGUUCAAGUAUGUGCUGACGCGAGUACUUACAUAAGUCGGGAUGGAGUUCAUUUGACACAAAAAGCAUACAAUUAGAUAGCAAGAUGGCUAAUCGAUGGCAUGUUACCUCAAUUGAACUGCUAUGUGUAGGUUCAAACUUUUAACUUUCUUUUGAUUAUUUUUGUGUUUCAUAACUUGACGGCUUGUUUUAAUCGUUGUUAUCUAUUGUA